AUGCCGCGACUCCUGUUGGUCUGGUGGCUGGCAAGGCUGGCUGAACCGCUUCCUCUGCUCCCGCAGGAGCUCUACUGCCGGAAUGCCUCCUUUCGAAUGGCCAUGCCGGGUGGCGUGGUUCAGGCGGACAUUCCCUGCGACAGCAGAGCCUUUGGCCGCAGGGCGACAUGCUGCGAAGCGGAGGAGGUCACUGCAGUGAUGGAUCACAUCGAGCACAGCAUCAGCUUCGGGAUGCGCCACCUGACUGACCGGCAAGAGUUCUUGGACCAGUACUCGGCUGCCUCCUUGCAAAAACAUCCAUGCGGUGAUGCCCCAGAGGCUAUGCUGGCAGUGCGGCUGAAGAAGCUGGCAGAGUGCCAGCAACUCUCACAGGAAGUCUUGCAGUUGCUCCAGGGGACAGUCAGUCAUCUCCUUUGUGCUGCAUGCCGCGGCAGCGCCGAAGGUGAGAGUGCCGAAGGGCUGCUGGUUGAUGCCGAGGCGGCCAUAUCGGACGAGUGGCGUCGCCUGUCUGCUUCCAUGCAGAAGAUCUACCAGGAGCUGCGUGCCCACGAUGCAGCUGUGGCCGGGCAGAUGCGGCAGGUUGGCGUUGAGGCGUGCGUCAUGGACUUCAUAGAGGCUCAGCGACGGGGCAUCCCCUCCCCAACAACGCAUCGGGUCAGCAUGCGGCCCUGGCAUCGGCAAGACCGGGUUGGAGGCUUUCGGGACACCUGGCAGCGAUACAUUGACGGGCUGCUGGCCGUCUCAACAGAGUUGGCGGAGGCCAUCAUGUCCGAAGUGACGGGCUUGAUGCUUACAUACCAGCACGCGCUGCAGCCUGAAAGCCCAGCGCAGUUCCUGCUGUGCGGCCCACCUGCAGGAAUGCAGUCUGUGCUACCGGCGCGGUUGCCACCCAGUGCUUUGCCUGAUGAGGAGCAGCCCGAGGUGACUCUCCUCGUGGCAAUGCCGAACCCAGGCACAAAUCUGCGCUUUGAUUUCGCCAACGAUAAGGCGACUUUAAGUAAGGAUGCUUUGCUGAAGCACGUCUCGGCACUGAACCCGCUCCUGGACAAGAUGGCGCAAGGUGAGUCCGUGAAGAUCGUCAUUGUCACAGCCAAUCCAGACCAGGCGUCAUACCUCUCCCGACUCGUCGCUGGCCACGAUCGGGUGCGCCUCAUUUGGCGUCGUUUUGCCCUCUUUAAUGCGGAGGAGCUUGCGUUGUUCUAUGCCGGGAGGGCUGCAAACGAUGGGCCCAGGGUGGUGGCUGCCUUCCAGGUCCCCAGUGGUGGGGACGCGGCUGCGCUGCAGGGUUCUGCUUCGUUGAUGUCGAAGCUCAUUGGCAGUCCAUCUUUAAAGGUUGUCUGGCCGCCCUUCUUGCGCCCUGCUCAUCCAUCUUCUUGGCCGAGUCAGGUGCGUGCUGCUGCCGGGCGUGGCUUCGGACUGGCCCUGCGAGAGUCACCGGAAACCGCGCCUUGCCCUCAGCUGGUAGCGGUCCUGAAGGACUACCUGGACUUCCACCGAGCAGCCAGGAAGACACUCCUGGAGCAAGCGACCUUGGGCACGGGAGGGCCCCUGCCUCGGCUGCUGAUUUACCGCUGCUCGGCCAUGGGCUUCUGUGGUGGUCACGGCGAUCGCCUGAAUGGCCUUCUGGGGGUCUUUCUGAUGGCGAUAGCCUCUCGACGAGCCUUCUUCAUUGACUCUGCACGGCCCGUUCCUCUCCAUCAGCUGCUGCAACCUCGACGCCGUGCAAAGUCUUGCGGCUCGAUGCUCCAGGAUGCAGAGUUUCUCUUGGACUGGCGGCUGCAUGGUGCAGUCUCUGCCAUUGGUCGCAGGACGAACUACAACGAUCGGUACAACGAUCUUGUAGAGGAUCUUCCUUGGAUCCUCACACAAGAGCCCGAGAAGGUGGUUGUCAUGCAUACCAAUCAGAGGGUUUCGCCGGCGGUGCUGGUGAGCAAGGAGGCUCAGUCGCUGAUGGGACCCCUAGCUACCCAGCUGUUGAAGAUGCCUUAUCUCCAUGCAGCACUUCUCGAGCUUCUCUUCGAGCCUUCGCAGCUGCUUGCUGCGCGGCAUGCCGAGGUGCUCGAGGCUGCCAAGCUGGGGCGCCCGCGGCUCAUCGCGGUGCACUUUCGGGCUGGCGACCAGUCACCCAACAGGUGGUCAGAUCCUCCCCGGCAUGGCCUCAGCGACUUGGAGGGGUUCCUGGGAUGCGCGCAGGGCCUGGAAAGGCAUCAGCGGUGGAAGGACGAGGAAGUGGCCUGGUACCUUGCUGCCGACACUGCAGAGGUGAGCUCCUCGCCUCUGAUCGCCGAGCUGACGAAGCGCAACAAGCUUGCCUUCUUGCCUGGUCAAGGUGACGCUUCCAUUGUGCAUCUUGAUCGAAGUCCGCUUCCUGUUGCCGUUGCCGGGAUCACGGACACGUGGGCGCAGUGGCUCACCAUUGCCUCGGCCGAUGGUGUAAUUCUCAGCGCCAGCAACUUUGGUUUGACGGCGGCGGAGGCCGGGCGCGUGCCUGUUGCCUUCUUGGGAGCCCACGGAUGUCUUGAAUCAGAUCUGACGGCAGUCUAA